UGGCUCUUUUCCCUUUAUAUUUUCCUCUCCAUCUUCCUAACCUUUCUCCCUAACUUCUCUGUUCAUCUUUUUCCUCUCUAUUUAUAAAUUUAUUUACAUAGUAUUCCUUGGAUCCAUCUCUUCAAAAAACCUUUCAAGAUCAAAUCAAGAAACCCACACAAGUUUCUAAAUCAGAAAAAAAAUUUAAGUUUUGGUUUCAAUUUUAAGGGUUUAAGGUUUCUUGGGAAAGAAACGAUGGAGACUUUUUGUGGGUUUCAGAAGGAAGAAGAGCAGAUGGAUUUACCUCCAGGGUUCAGGUUUCAUCCAACAGAUGAAGAACUCAUAACUCACUAUCUCCAUAAGAAGGUUCUUGACAUCAGCUUCUCAGCUAAAGCUAUUGGUGAAGUUGAUUUAAACAAAUCGGAGCCAUGGGAGUUACCAUGGAUGGCAAAAAUGGGUGAGAAAGAAUGGUAUUUUUUCUGUGUGAGAGACAGAAAGUAUCCCACCGGUUUAAGGACUAACCGAGCAACUGAAGCCGGUUAUUGGAAGGCCACCGGGAAGGAUAAAGAGAUAUACCGAGGCAAAUCGCUUGUUGGGAUGAAGAAGACACUUGUUUUCUAUAGAGGAAGAGCUCCUAAAGGUCAGAAAACCAACUGGGUGAUGCAUGAGUAUAGGCUUGAAGGAAAAUUAUCCGCCCAUAACUUGCCGAAAACCGCAAAGAACGAAUGGGUGAUAUGCAGGGUGUUCCAAAAGAGUGCUGGAGGGAAGAAGAUCCCGAUUUCGAGUCUAAUCCGAAUUGGUUCACUUGGAACCGACUUUAACCCUUCGCUUUUGCCCUCUUUAACCGAUUCUUCGCCUUACAAUGACAAAACCAAAACAGAACCCGUCUACGUGCCCUGCUUCUCCAACCAAACGGAUCAAAACCAAGGAACCACACUCAAUUGCUUCAGCAGCCCUGUUCUUAACUCGAUCCAAGCCGACAUUUUCCACAGGAUUCCACUCUAUCAAACUCAGUCUCUCCAGGUUUCCACGAAUCUACAGAGCCCGAUUCUCACGCAAGAACACUCAGUUCUACAUGCUAUGAUCGAGAACAACAGAAGACAGAGUCUCAAAACGAUGAGUGUCUCACAAGAAACCGGAGUUUCGACUGACAUGAACACUGAUAUCUCAUCGGAUUUUGAAUUCGGUAAGAGACGAUUUGAUUCUCAAGAAGAUCCAUCUUCCUCCACAGGACCGGUUGAUCUUGAACCUUUCUGGAAUUACUGAAGAAGAUUCAAGAGUCACAUGCCCAUUAAUUUACUGUCAACGAAAGUAAGAAGACUUUUUUCACCUUUUAGUGUGGUGUGUUAAAGUUUGUAUAGAUUAUUAUCAUCUCAACUUCCACUAUUUAUUAUACUCAAUUUAAAGAAACUUAAAAAUA